AUGUAUGGACGGACGACGGAGGUCGAUAGCGAAUGCCUGUGUCAGGCAUUUAUGAGCGAAGUUCACUCAACCACGACCAUCAAUGGGAGACGCCAGAAGGAUCCCAGAGGUGACUACGUUACAUUCAGCUAUAAGACUCAUAACCACUUGGGUCGCGAGACUUAUGUCGCCUGCCACGGCUAUGUCGAGGAUCCUGGUACGCUGGAAUUCAAGGAAGCAACUCAUGCGCCUGAGAAGCCAGAUUCUACCAUGAAACAGAACGAGAAGCCGGAUUGGCCAGAUGACCAAGAUCUCUGGGAUGCUCCAGAUAUUGGAUACGGACACACAUCCAGAAAGUCACGGACACACAUCCAGAAAGUCACUUGUCAUUUGGCUAGAGGCCGAUUUGAUUCAAAUCUACUUGUAAUCUACUUGUUUGUUGUUGGGGAACCCAGAAUCGAAUCAAAUCGUUUUCAACCACCAUUUCACCGUGAGAAGCCAGCGAAAGAAUGGCCACUACUGAACGUCCCUCUGAACGGCCACCACCGUGGCCUCCGUGCGGGAUUUUGGUAG